AUGACAACUCAAAAGACAACCAAUGAGAAAGCGUUGACCACCGCGAAGAAAGAGCAGGAUUUGUGGAAGACCCAAAUCCUACCAUCAUUCCAAUCUCCCACGCGCUACUCCUCGUUGACCAAAACUUAUAAUGUCCUUUGGGAGAUUCUAUGGAAAGAACAGGACUCAUUGUUGUUGUUGUCGUCGUUGUUGUCAGUACAGCAAGAUCAUGAGUAUGACACAAGACGACGACAACAAGUACAUGUAGCCGACUGUUUGAAAGCCCUGCAAUUGUGCUGUCAACUUUUAAUGGGGAUUCUGGAACAUCCCAUCACCAUUCUGUCGUCGGAAUCUACAUGUACUACCAGUACUACCACUAAUAAUGGAACUGAAACCACCAAACACGAAAUACCCUUUAUAGGGCCACCACUUCCACCACCACCAAGUCACAAUGAUACCAACAACAAGAAUCACCCUCACAGUCAAAAACAACACAUUCUCAAGCAAACAAUCCACAGAAGUAGGCUGCUGUUAAGGGUUCUGGAAGAGCAAUCGGAGAAAUUGCCAGAAUCAAAACAUGAAAUACUACGACAAUACACGUCCUCCAAUAAUAGUAGUGAAGACGUUGAAGCCAAACAGCUUUGUGUGGUCCCCAUGAAGGGAAAACAUGCUGGACUCUAUACCUACAGCGUUGGCAAUAACAACAAUGAUGACGAUGACAGUGAUGAUGAUGAUGACGAAGGAAACCUUCUCGUGUCGCUAGAUCGAAAAGCACUGGAAGCAGAGGAACAAGAACUGAUUUUAAUGGCCAGCACACCGACGCCACAGGAAUUAUUCUUCCAGCGGGGGUUCCAACAGCAGCUACCCAUCAUCUAUACUCCUCCUCCUCCUACCACCACGAAUGAUAGCCAACAAAACGACAAAACGAAUACCACUCGGUCACUGCUACAAGACGAAUGGUCCCGGGAGGAGUUCCAAGAGUGUCAAGAGAGGAGCCAAAAACGACAGAAGUUGUCAUGA